AUGUCGUUGUCCGCCGCCCUUCCCGGUAAUGGAAGUGAUGAAUUAUGCCUUGGGCAGGUCUACAUACUGUCUAUUCUCAACACCAACGAAGUCCUCACCGCUGCCGAUCACCAGGAUCUGAAAUUACUGCGGUUCGAAAACAGUCGCAGUCAGAUAUGGCGACUUGAUCCACAUAUUGAGAACAGACAUACAUUUGUCAAUGUCGAAACCGGCCGCUGUCUUGGCACAAACCCAAGCCAUGGCUAUGUAUGCUGCAAAUGGGAUAACUUUGAGCCAGCAGAGCAGUUCACAUUCAUCCCCCAGAAAACCGGCGGCUACCGCGUGUAUAAUCAUUGGGGCAACAGGCCACGACUAGUUACGCGACGAGGAAACGAAGACUUCCUCCGUACCACGACAACCGGUAAUGCUUUUGCAAUUAUAGGUGUCCACUGUGCCGAGUAA